AUGUUGACUACUAGAAGUUUGACGUCGGUGGGGUACACCAAUGAUUAUGAAUGUGAGGACACGCAUGUGUACUAUGGCAGAGGAUUUUGUAGGGCUAGCACUAUGAUGGAAUUGUAUUCAAUAGAUAUCGAAGAAGAAACGGAAAGAGUGGACGUGCCAGACACUGAGAAGUGCACAGACUUGAAGAACAGUAAUGAAAUUGAACCGGAGCAAGAACCAAAUAUUUCCCCAGAUGCAGCCAACAUAAUACUUAAGAGCGAGAGGAACCCCAGUUUUGUUGAUGAAACUACCUUGAAUAGCCAAGACGAAAGUUACUGUCAGGAUACAUUAGGUGAAUCCACAUUUACAGAGCCUGAAAACAUGAAAAUAUGCAAACUAGGGAAGACACCACCUAUUGAAAUCAUACACAGACCGUUGAAAGAUCUCAUAAAUAAAACAAACAAGAUGAUCUACGAUGUUGAUUCAAAUCACGUUCAGUACAAAGCAGGGCUCUCCAAAAGAUGUCGAAAGAUUCCCAGCUUGCACCGAACACAAGGAAAAGAUGCCGUCUCAAGAUAG